GUGUGUGUGUAUACCGUAAAGUAUAUUUCCGUCUCACUAAAUUACUUUCUGGCAAAUAAAAAAAGGUAUUUAAAGAACAAUAUUUAACAAUUUUCAGGACAAAAAAAAAAUUAAAAUGUAUUAAUUUCUAAUUUUUUUGUAUAACGUUAAAAUUCUCCAAACUUCUGUGAACUUGAGGUCUCACUUUUUUAUUUAGUGGUUCUGCAUGCAUAUUUAUUUUUAUGUCUAUAUGUUGCUUUAAUGCCUAAAGUCUUUCUAAAUAAUGUUAAAAAAAUCUUUUAAGAUAUCUUGUUGAAAAUUGUUCUUUCAUGGCACAUAGAACUGAAAGAAAAUAUCACAAAAAAGAUUGAGAUACCAAAAUAACGUCCUAUUCUUUUGUUUUGGUCAAAAUCCACCUCCACACAAUUUUUUAUUAAAAGAGUUUUUUUAAUAUUUUAAUUUAAGGUAGACAACGUGAUUCCAAAAUACCGGAUUGCUAAUAAACGUUAAGUGAAUCCGUGUAAAUCAUGAAAUUUAGCAAAGAGAAUGAGGGGGAAAAGAAAUGCUACUGCUCUUAAUUAUAUACUCUUAAAAUACUACAGUAAAUAUUUUAACACCCAAAAUAUGCCGUAUAUAACUUUGAGAGUCAUGCUUUCCAAUGUACAAAGGGGGGGGAGUCCUAUAUUUACAUGGCCACAAGAGCAUGUGGCUUUGAUGAAUAUUCAUUAAAUGCUGUCACCAUCAAACUUCCUGUUUUCAUGGUAUAAAUCAGAGAAGCUUCCUUUAUUUUAUUACCGUGUCUCAGUGGCAGCAAAAAUGUCGUUUGUGGACACUCUGCGACAGUGGGAUGACGGCGUCACCUGUGCUGACAAACAGGAUUAUUCGGAAGCUCUUCGGAUUCUCGUGGCCAUUCGUGAGCCAAACUCCAAAAUCUGUUUCAACAUCGGCUGCCUCCACCUGCUUAACCAGAACUUGGAUGAUGCUGAAAAGGCAUUCGAUUGCAGCAUACGCAAGGAUGAGCAUCUGGCAGUGGCUUUCUUUCAAAGAGGAAUCACUUUUUAUAAGAAGAUGAGGUAUGACGAGAGCAUCGGAGACUUCCAGAGAGCCUUCAAAGCACUCAGAGGAAACAACCUGAUAGAUUACAAGGCCCUUGGUCUCAGAUAUAUUCUAUAUGCAUGUGAGGUUCUGCACAACAUGGCUCUGGCGGAGGCUCAGUUGGGAAACUGGGAAAAGGCUGAGCAAAACCUCAGGAGGGCGCUCGACUACAAAACAGAGGCCAAGCUCGGCGUCCUCGAGAAAGCUCAGCAGGCAGUUCUGAAAGAAAAGCUGUUCAAACUAGUGGAGUUCCCGUCAAAAAUGAUGUUUAAACCAAAUAAAAAUUACGUCGCAGAGCUGGAGAAGAAAGACUACCUGGGAAAAGCCAAAGUUGUGGCUUCUUUUAAUCCUCAAGACGUUUUUUCUGGAUUUGCUCCUUUGCAGCCACAGGUUGAAGAUGGUCCAGCUACUCCAAGAGAACCAGAAGUUUUAAGAGCUUUGGAGGGUGUACCCCACACUGUACUGUUCGAGUUUGUCCCUGAGACCUGUGACGAGUUGGCCGUGAAGCCCGGCAAUAUGGUGUUUGUACUGCAGAAAGGGGCAGACAACUGGGCCUAUGUGAUCUUCAAUGGAAGAACAGGACUUGUGCCGUACAAUUACCUGGAGCGUCAGGAAAUCUCUCUGGCUUCUAAACAUAUAAAGGGUUUGGUUCCAACUUCCAGUCGAGAAGCACCAAGUAUUCCGGAGAGGAUUCAAGGUUACACUCCAGAGGACAACAGCAGUAGAAAUGAUGAGCAGAAGGUUCCAGACAAUUUAUACAUCGUCAAAGUUCACUUCACAUUCACCUUUGCUGUCUCAAUCCCACGUGGGGCUUCCUAUGAUGUGCUGAUAAGAGAAAUCAGUAAGAAGGUCAACCUCCCUACACACAACAUCUCUUUGAGCUUAGAUUCAAGUGGACAAAGCGUGAUUGAUGCCAACACGGACAUGGAAACUGUGUGGAGCCAGGUCCGUUCUGGGCGCAUCACUCUGUGGUGCAACGCGAAGGAGCAGAAUGAAGAGGAGGAAACUCACUUGGUGGCGCUUCACUCCUACCAGUCUCCAAACCCAGAAGAUCUGAGCUUCAAGGAAGGGGAUAAAAUUACACUCCUUGCUAGAAUUAACCAGGACUGGCUGGAGGGACGAUGUAAUGGGAAUACUGGGAUAUUUCCAGCUUCUUUUGCGAGAGAAGCUCCCGUGAAUGGCCAGUAAUUUGUGCAAAUUUUUUUGGCACACAGUAGUUCUAGAGCUAU